AUGAUCCUUCGGCUUCUCCUACACUCCAUCCUGGUUACGCACUUGCUCAGGUCGGAACGAGUCGGACGUGGAGAUGUGGUAGAGGUGAAUGUAAUAAAAGGUAGGCCCAGAUGGAGGACCCCAAAAUGUUACAUAAUAAAGGGAGGCCUAAGGAGGAGACUGUUCAAGGGGGGAAUCUCCCCCUCGGUAAAAAAAAUAAAUGCAUGUGGAGUGACUCCUCUGAGUAACGAACCCUGCAGUGGUGACCACACUAAACCUAAUGAACAUUACGAAGAGCACAUUCGAACAGUUUGUGAAGAAUUGAAACGAAUAACUGGCAGGGAGGACAAGUUGACACAUCUGAUGCGAGAAAAUACAAACGUUUGUACAAUGAAAAUUGCUGAACCCAUGGACAGGACAGAGUUCACCUUAGGGGAUAAAUCACAGUUGGGCUUUGCACGGAGACACUAUUUCAUUAAUGAGGUCCGGGAGGGAGUCCUUUACAAGUAUGUGGAAAGGUGCAACUCUAAUUUGUACUUGGCUGUGGAUGUAGUCGAGGCGGGACAAGAGCAGAGCACAGAAGUGCAUUCGAGUGGUCCCACCGGUGAGCAGUCCAUCCCUGCAAAGGGACACUCGGGUGGGAAGCCCCAUUGGAGGAGCAUCCUUGGAAGGAAGAAGUUUUUAAUCACCGUCGAUGGGUUCAGUGACAACAUCGUCUUGUGUUGCUUCCUACGGGUUCUUCUACGGGGCCUCAACAACCUGGAUGUGGCAAGUUUUCUCAACAUGGGGUUUGAACGAAUGGUGAAAGAGUUGAGCUCGCUCUACACCAUCCACGUGAAUGGGGAGCACAUCGUUGGGCAUGUGAUGGAUCGAGUGAGGCGAUUCGUACAGCGACUCAGCAGGGGUGUGGCAAAGCCAGCGGUGAGCAAGCGCGUGUUAGGCCGUUCGUCCUGCCGAGCAAACACGCACAUGCGCGGACACAUGCGCAUGCACCAGUACCCACGUGUGGCCCACAUGCUCAGUGGAGGGGUCGACUCCUUAAUGGCACUGCGCUUGUUGGAGAAGAAAAAAUUUCACGUUCACAAUUUCUUUCUUCACUUUGCACACCAAGACUGUAGUAAGAGUGACCUCAAGUAUGUGAAACAAAUUUGUGAAAAGAGAAAAAAUUUAUUUAUUAUUAACAUUAAUGAGGAGUACACUGAGCAGGUGCUCAUCCCCAUGUUGCGUAGCUACUCGGAGGGACAAAUUCCUAACGCUGACGUCAUGUGCAACGAAAAGGUAAAGUAUAAUUUGCUUAUGAAGACGAUGAGGAAGCUGUGCAGGGAGAGGGGUGGUGGGUGGGACUACUCCUACGUGUCCACUGGCCACUACGCCAUGAUAAGCACAAACGAUGAGGCGAAUGCGAAUAGGUUGUUCAGCGGGGACUUCCCCUUCGUGGGUGAUGGCACAGAUGGGGGGAGAGCAGGGCGAACUGUACGCAAGAGGUAUAAAUUAAUUGUGGGCAGGGAUGAAAAGAAAGACCAGACUUUCUUUUUGUCUUCAUUCGCAGAGAAGCAGCUUUCUAAGUUUCUGUUUCCGCUUUGCCUGCACACAAAGAGUAACGUUAAGAGGCUCAUGGAGGGCAGGGAGGCAGGGCAGUACAAUCACAGGGAGACACGCGGCUUGUGUCUUUACGGGCGGGUGGAUAUGCACUCGCUGCUGGGGCUAUACUUUGGGGGGGCAAGUGGUCAAGUCGAGGCAGCCACUAACACUGGGCGCGGGUUAGAGUGGGUCCAGGACCAGCUGCGCUCUCCUGAGUUCCGGUCCUUCCAGGAGAAGCACCUACCAUCCUUCAGCUUGCGCUUCAAGAAUUACAUAAUAAACGUGGACGAUGGAACUGUGCUGGACACGAAUGACGGCAUCCAUCUGUACGCCAUUGGGCAGAAUAAGUACAUAACAAAUUAUUUACACCAACUUUAUACUUCCACACGAAGAGGUCGAACUUGUGAGAAAAACUUUAUAUCCUCAUGUCAGUGGACAGUCGUGUACAAGAAGAUGUUGAGACGUGCCAGUGGCAACGUUAAGGAGAAUUUCAUUUACGUCAGCCGUGAUUAUGCGAGUAGGUCGUUUCGUUAUCUUCGUGGGCGGUGUAGGUUAGGGGACUUUCGCUGGGUGGCCUCCGCCCCGCCCUCCUAUCUGCUGGACACAGUGCAGCUGGCACGGUCAUCAUUGAAGGGAGCAGCACGGUCGGCAGUGACGGACGCAGCAGGUACGCCGUUCACCGUAUCGCCCGCCACAAACAAACUGCGACCACGAGUCAUCUUCGUUAAAAUACGCAACAGCGAAGAGAUAAAGGAAGCAAGGAUCGCCCUGGAUGACAUGGGGCAGACGGCGUACCUCACGCUGAAGCAGAAGGACAUAGGACUGUCCCCCGGACAGAUCAUCACCUUCUACCUCCCAUUCAUUGUUAAAAGGAAUGGACAAACCAAGUAUGUGUACUCCCUCAAGAGGGGAAGAAGCAGGAGGGGGAAGCAGCCAGACAGGCGCCUCUUUUUCUACUGCCUGGGGUCGGCACGAAUUAUAAACCAGUACUUGAACCGGGGGCUAUAUCAGCGACUGAUGCAGAUUCACAGGCGACACCAUUUGCCCCUUUGGGGGAGAGAAGCACAGUGCGGCAAUUGCACCAGUGCAAAAGGCGUACACAACCGACGCAUGAGGUCCAUCUUUAUUAAAAGCAUUACAAACACGAACCGUUACAGAAGGGAAGAGAAAUAG